AUUCCUUGUGUUCCACAAUCAAAACAAUCAUUCACUUAUACAAUUUCUCUCUACAUUCCAACAUUCAUAAUUCAUAUUGAUAUUAAUAUUAUUCAAUAUAUAUAUCAUUAUAUUUUGUAUAUCUAUCUCACCACAAAUGGCAUUUUCACGUUCAUCAUUGAUUAUAUUCAUCUUGUGUGCCACGUUAGCCACUUCGGUGUUAUCUCAAUCUCCGACCGGGUCUCCGACAGUAUCUCCGACCGCUUCUCCGGCAGCCUCGCCGCCUUCCACCGUUGUGUCCCCACCGACUGAGUCUCCGAUGGCCUCACCACCUGCACCACCCACUUCUUUGUCACCCGGUGGUGCUCCGGCUUCAUCUCCGUCUAUCUCAUCUUCUCCAAAUGGAUCUCCGGCAGACUCUCCGGCAUCUUUGACCCCGAGCUCCGGUAGCUUGAUCAGAUUCUCGGCUGGGUCUAUUGGUGUGGUUGCCUUGGCUGCUGCUGCUUUUGUUAUGUAGAGAUUUCAGGGGAUGAAAUGAGCUUAUAAUAUUAUAUCUAUAUAGGGAAAAGGGAAUAUAAGGCUAUCCGGUACCUAAGCUUAGGUGUGGAACUCCUCACAUACU